ACAUUUAACUCUUGAUACAAGUAAAACAUAGUCACCUCCUACUUACAUCUUCAAAUGGCCUCCGUUGAAGUUGCUAAUCUGAUGAACUGCAACCCCGACACUGUCCGUCCUGGAGCAAACUUUGAGCCUAGUUUAUGGGGUGAUCGUUUCAGUUCAUUCUAUCUAGAUAACGAGGCAUAUGAAAGGUAUGCUAAAGAGGUUGAAGUGCUGAAAGAAGUAGUUCGAAGUAUGCUAAUAGAAGCAAAAAGUAAAGCAACAGAGAAAAUGAAUUUGAUUAACACACUCGAUCGCCUUGGUAUCUUCUAUCACUUCGAGAAAGAGAUCGAUGAGCAGUUGAAACAAAUCUUUCACUCUCAUGCUCACUUCGAAAAUCAUGAAGAGUACAAUGAUUUGAACACUGCUGCAACUCAUUUUCGAGUAUUCAGACAAUAUGGUCAUAAAAUGCCUUCUGAUGUCUUCAACAAAUUUAGAGACAGCAACGGUAAAUUCAAGGAAAACCUCACUCGGGAUGUAAUGGGUAUGUUGAGCUUGUAUGAAGCCGCGUUCUUGAGGACACAUGGAGAAGAUAUUCUAGAUGAGGCUCUUGCUUUCACAAUCGCUAACCUCAAGUCUGUGGAUACUGAUGCACUAUGCCCUUUUCUUGCAAAGCAAGUAAUUCAUGCCCUAGAGCAACCCCUCCGCAAAGGCAUCCCAAGAUCAGAAGCAAGGCAUUACAUUUCUGUCUAUGAAGAAUACGAUUCUAAGAACGAAUUGUUAUUGAAGUUUGCAAAAUAUGACUUCAAUCUGGUGCAGUUGUUGCACAAGCAAGAACUUUGCCACAUGUCAAGGUGGUGGAAAGACCUAGAGUUUGAAACAAAACUUCCUUAUGCGAGGAACAGAUUGGUUGAGUGCUAUUUCUGGGCUAUGGCAGCGUAUUUUGAACCUCAUUACACGGUUCCACGGGUCAUGCUCGCUAAAGUUAUUGUUAUGUCUUCGGUUCUUGAUGACACAUAUGAUGCAUAUGGUACACUUGAAGAGCUUAAACCUUUUACAGAGGCAAUACAGAGGUGGGAUUGGAGUGCCAUGGAUGAUCUUCCAGAUUACAUGCAGGUAUUCUACAGAACUCUCCUAAAUCUCUAUGAAGAAUUUGACAGGGAAGUGUCAAAGGAUGGAAGAUCGUAUAGCGUUGAGGGCUCGAAAAUUGCUUUUAAAGAACUAUCAAACAGUUACUACUUGGAGGCCAAGUGGUACAAAGAAGGAUAUGUGCCAUCUUACGAUGAGUACAUGGUCAACGCGCUUAAAACCGCAGGUUAUUACUUGGUCACAGUAUCAUCCUAUUUGGGCAUGAGAGGGAUUGCCAUGACUGAGGUAUUUGACUGGGUAGUAAAGAAACCUAAAGUUUUGGUUGCUUCGUGCAAAGUUGUGAGGCUCAUGGACGACAUAGUAGACUACGAGGAAGAUCUGGAGACCGGAAAUGUUGCUACUGGGAUUAUAUGCUACAUGAGGCAGAAUCCCGGCAAGAUGACAAAAGAAAAGGUUGUUGAUGUGUUCAAUAAAGGGGUUGCAGAUGCAUGGAAAGAUAUCAAUGAGGAAUGCCUCAAGCCAAACUACAUCUCCAAGCAUAUCCUAAGGAGAAGUGUCAACCUUACUGGAUUAGUGGAUUGCUUCUUCAAGACUAGUGAUGGAUAUACUCAUCCUGAUAAAGUGUGGAAAUAUCAUGUCGUCUCAUUGUACAUCGAUGCCAUACCCAUAUGAGCAUGGAUAUGUAUGUUGCUAAAUGCUUGUAUUGAGUUUAAUUUAUACUUAAAUACUUGUAUGAAGCACGAAUAAAUCUUGUCUAGCAGAUAACUGGGUGGUUUGUACCUCAUUCAUUAAUUUAUUUCUUGAAUUCAGAUCCGUUUGAUGUAAUGAAAUGGACUGAAUGCCUACUACAAAUAUGUGUCAAUUUAACAUGAAUUUUUUUUUUUUACUCUAAUAAAAUAAUAGAAUAAUUUAUCUGCUGUAAAGAUAUUUGUGCUAUUUUGGGGUUUAUGUCAACUAAAUACCCCCUUAUUUCUUGUUGCUCUCUAGUUUUUUUCUAUUUUUUUUUUUU